AUGCGUUCUCUCCUUUCCAUCCUGGCCGGCGCCAGUCUCGCUGCUGCCUGGACCGAGCUUAGCCAUGCUCCGUUCAUGAACAAGAACAUCGACGCCAUUGUCCAGCCAGGCGCCUACACCUCGCACAUGCAUACCUUCUUCGGCAGCGACGCCAUCACCAACGUCCUUCCAACCUCCGCUGACCUCCAGACCGGCUGCUACACUGGCGAUAACCCGAACGACCUCUCUGUCUACUGUGCGUCCUUCACUCCUCCCACUCUCUCUACUCAACUUUCCCACUCACAGCUCACAUCUGCAACAGGGGUCCCCACCCUCUACCACGUCGACGGCGACACAUACACCGAAGUCCCCAUCUUCAAGUUCAGCACCUACUACACAAACGCCUUCGCCACAAGCCCAAUCCCCCAAGACUUCGCCAUGCUCUCCGGCAACGCCUCCGCCACGACCCAGGCCGAGGCAGACAACCCCUACAACAACAUGGAAUGGUUCUGCGAGGGCUCCGACGCCCGCGAAUCCAACGUCGCCCAGAUGCCCUCCUCCACCUGCGACCAGCAUCUCCAGGUCAACCUCGUGUUCCCGCAGUGCGUCAAUCCAGAUGACCACAGCGACUACGACUUCGCCGACGACAGCCAAGCCUGCCCGGAGGGGAUGGUCUCCAUCCCACAACUGCGCUACCGCGUCCUCUACGACACGAGAUCCGUGGCCCCAUCCGGCUGGAGCGGCGCCGCCCCGUUCCUGCUCUCGUGCAGCGAUACCCUCGGCGCCGGCUACUGCUUCCACGGCGACUUUGUCAACGGCUGGUAUGAGGAUGCGGCGGAGAACAUGCUGGCCAACGGCGGAGGCGGCUACACCGAUGGCCAGUUCGUCGCGGGCUCGCAUGGCGAUUCUGCUGUUGAGGCGACGUGCACUGCUGCAGACCAGGACCCGGGGAAUGGGACGAGCGAUUACCUUGCUAGUCUUGAGAUGAUGGCUGGGGGUGCGGCUGGGGACGAGACUCCCACUCCUACUGCAGCCCUAUCCACGCCAGCGGCUACUGUCCCGGCAAUGACCACGACCACGACCACGACCACCCCCAAGCCGUCGGCUACACAGGCUCCCGACUCGCGGCGCAGGCAGAAGCACAGGACCGGGAUGCAGCUUGGACAGCAGGGCAAGCGCAGCAUCGGUCGGGAAUCGAAGGCCAGGCUGUGA